AGGCUCUGGAGCCGCCGCUGUCCGCCUGCCAUGGCUCCUCCUCCCCUCCCACCCUUGGGUGGAACCAGAGAAGGGAAAAGUUGCCAGUGGUGAGCAGGCAGCAGAGCUCGCAGGGCCGCUGCAGCAGCAUGUCCCACUAGCCCGUGAGCAGGAAUUCUGUCCUUCCCGAGCUGCUGCCGCUGCUGCUGAGUGCAGGAGAAGAUGGUUACAGCAAUGGGAGCCAGGAAAAAUCUGAAAAGGAAUGAGCAGCCGAGAGACCUGGCAUUCCUUGGGCAGCUUCAAAGGGAGGUGAAGGAUCUGAAUCAGCGCAAGAGUAAAUGAGCACUGCCUGCUGCCAUGUUGGCAGAACAGAGCUGUUCAGAGGCAGUUGGACAAGUUUGUGGCUGAUCCGGUUUAUCCAGUGUUGAAGAUGGGAAGUUACUUGUCUGCUCCAGCUUACUUUGCUCCCAAGGAUCCCUUUCGGUGCUCUGAAUGCCAGGAUCCCCUCACUAACUGGUACUAUGAGAAAGAUGGGAAGCUGUACUGUCACAAAGACUACUGGGGGAAGUUUGGGGAAUCUUGCCAUGGCUGCUCUCUGCUGAUGACUGGGCCUGUGAUGGUGGCUGGCGAAUACAAGUAUCACCCUGAGUGCUUUGCUUGUAUGAGCUGCAAAGUGAUCAUUGAGGAUGGGGACACUUAUGCACUGGUGCAACAUUCCACUCUGUACUGUGGAAAAUGCCAUAACCAGAUUGUGCUGACACCGAUGAUAGAAAAACACUCGACUGAGUCUCUGCGUGAGCAGCUGCCUUACACACUGACCCUCAUCUCCAUGCCAGCAGCCACGGAUGGCAAGAGGGGAUUCUCUGUGUCUGUUGAAGGUGGCUGCUCCAGCUAUGCCACUGGUGUCCAGGUGAAAGAGGUUAACAGGAUGCACAUCAGCCCAGAUGUCCGAAACGCCAUCCACCCUGCAGACCGGAUCCUGGAGAUCAACGGAGCUCCCAUCCGUACCUUACAGGUGGAGGAGGUGGAGGAACUGAUUCGCAAGACAAGCCAGACGCUGCAGCUGCUGAUAGAGCACGACCCGGUGUCGCAGCGCCUGGACAGGCUCCGCCUGGACUCGCGCCUUCCCGGCCACAUGAAGGCGCCCAUCUCCCCUCGCUCCCUCUCGCCUCUGGACAUCAAGGAGAACCUGGAGGGAACGCUGCGACGGCGCUCCCUCAGGAGAAGUAACAGCAUUUCUAAGUCCCCUGGCCCCAGCUCUCCAAAGGAACCUCUCCUCCUGAGCCGUGACAUCAGUCGUUCUGAGUCCCUGCGCUCCUCUUCCAGCUGCUCCCAGCAAAUCUUCCGGCCCUGUGACCUGAUCCACGGUGAAGUUCUAGGAAAAGGAUUUUUUGGACAAGCAAUCAAGAGAAAUAACAGGUGCAGUUGUGGGUUUUGUUUCCACCAGGUGACUCACAAAGCAACAGGAAAGGUGAUGGUGAUGAAGGAGCUGAUUCGCUGUGAUGAGGAAACACAGAAGACUUUCUUGACAGAGGUGAAGGUGAUGCGCAGCCUGGACCACCCCAACGUGCUGAAGUUCAUUGGUGUGCUGUACAAGGACAAGAAGCUCAAUCUCCUCACCGAGUACAUCGAGGGGGGCACGCUGAAGGACUUCCUGCGCAAUGCAGACCCAUUCCCCUGGCAGCAGAAGGUCAGCUUUGCCAAAGGGAUUGCCUCUGGAAUGGCUUACUUGCACUCCAUGUGCAUCAUUCACAGAGACCUGAAUUCACACAACUGCCUGAUCAAGCUGGAUAAGACAGUGGUGGUGGCUGACUUCGGUCUGUCCCGGCUGAUUGUGGAGGAGAGGAAGAAGCCGACCCUGGAGAAGCCGUCGGCCAAGAAACGAACCCUGCGCAAGAGCGACAGGAAGAAGCGCUACACCGUGGUGGGGAACCCCUACUGGAUGGCCCCAGAGAUGCUCAAUGGACAGAGCUACGAUGAGAUGGUGGACAUUUUUUCAUUUGGGAUUGUUCUCUGCGAGAUCAUAGGCCAGGUUUAUGCUGACCCAGACUGUCUCCCACGCACACUGGAUUUUGGCCUUAAUGUCAAGCUGUUCUGGGAGAAGUUUGUUCCUGCUGAUUGUCCUCCAGCCUUUUUCCCUCUGGCUGCUAUUUGCUGCAGACUGGAACCAGAGAGCAGGCCCCCUUUUUCCAAGCUGGAAGAUUCCUUUGAAGCUCUCUCUCUGUACCUGGGAGAACUUGCCAUCCCCCUUCCAUCUGAGCUGGAGGAGCUGGACCACAAUGUGAGUGUGCAGUAUGGACUGACCCGUGACAAGCUACCUGAAAACACAACCUAGGCUGCUCCUGCUGCCUGCACCACUUCACUGGAGCUGGGCUGAGCAGCAGGGAGGGAGAUGCACUUCAGCCACUUCCAGGGCAUUAACGGGGCACCACGCUGUGCAUCUGCUGCACUGCCUCUCUCUCCCCACCCAGCUUCCUCCUCCUGGAUAUCCUGAUUCACUGUGGAUUCCUGGCACGUUUCAGAAGCAAAAAGGAUUGUUUCCUGCCAGCUGCACCUAGGAAAGCCGCUGAACACUAUUUUUCUGGCUUGAGAAAUAUUUCUCUGGCCUUUUCAGGCUUCUUUACUGUGGUGCCUUAGAACUUGGCUGCAAGCUGUGAAGCCACCCUGGCCUGUGUGCCAGGGAGGGAAUUGCUAUAGGAGACUCUCCUGGGUAAGGACCAACUUCUGGAACAGCUUCUCCCACUGACUGCCCUGCCCAGAAAGCUGGGGAAAUUGGACAUCCAGCGACAUCUCUCACCAGGACAGCACGUGUAUGUAUUUGCAUGUGUUUCCCAGAACAACCCACUGAGAUUUUGGCCUCUGACACGCAGCAGAGGAAGGAGUAAAAAGCCCCAGGAAUUGGGCAGCUCUCCUGAAUACCGUGUCUCUGGGGAAGCACAUCUGAAUUCUUGUUUUGGUUUUGUGGGCUUUUAUUCCUUCUGUGUCUCUGAAUACCUCCAAAAGCCUGCCUAGAAACACUAAGACUGCCUAGAAACACUAAGACUGAGCUCUGCUUGCCCCUCCUGAUGGCAGAUGAGGCAGGCAGCAAAUGAGCCACUGGAGCAUUUUCAGACCCUGCGCCUGCAGUGAGUUUGCCUGCCCAAAACCUUAACCUAGGUGAAAGUAUUUGAACCUGAAUGUGUAGUUCUGCACUAGGCACUGGGUGUGGACAUUCCUGAGUGCUUGAGCUCUUGGCCUGUGGAUGUGAGGUGACAGGAAUGGCGGCAGAAGGUGCUUGUCAGAAAGCCAAAUGUUUGAAGUGGCUCAGACCUUGGGCAUGGACAAUGGCAAAAGGGGACUUGCCCAAGGUUAAUUAAAGGAUGGGCUUGUCAUGAAUAGAAAAGUGCUGGAGAAUGUCCCAUCCUCCCUGGAGUGGCAGCUGGAGAACUAAUAAUUCAGUUGCCACUACCUCAUCCUUUCCUGCAGAUUGUCCAAGUUGCUCCUUUGAAGGUCCUUCGUGCAGCUGCUGCUGCAGCACCUGAGCUGAUUCUCCAAACAGAAAUUUUCCUCAGGGUCAUUCCCUGCUCUGGGGUGGGGGGAAAAGGGCUUGGAGUCAUUGGGAGGUGGGUAGGGCUGUAUUUUCUUCCAGUACUUCUCUUCUUCCUCCCUUGGUGGGAGAAGAAAGGAAGGAAGCUACUGCUGCAGUAGCUCACGUGGUUGGCAGAACUGAACAAAAAGCUGAAUCAAGUUCUGCUCUAAGUCUCACAAACAUCAUGGUUUAACUGGAUUUUAGUGUGCUCCUUUUCCCCUCCUCCUCCCUUCAGCAUUGAAUGGUGGGGAAUGGGUGUUAGUCUUUGCUGUUACUUUGGUUUCCUCCCCUACCCAUGAGUUUAAAGUAUUAUGUACAAUAACAUGGGACCAGCCAUCACCUGACAUCAGGUAUGCAAGGGGGGUGUUUUUAGUCUGUGUAGUGGUGUUUUAGAAACACUAGGGCCUCCCUGUGCUGAGAGUCAGGCAGGAGCCUCUCUAAACUGGGUCCAGUGGAUCCAGGAUUGUUAAUAGGAUUUGCCCUUUCAUUCCCCCUCCCAGGCUGGUUUGUGAGGGGACCCCUGAAGGGAGAGUCCUGGGUGAUGUGUGGGUGGGGUUUAUGAACUGUGAUUUGCACAGCUCCACGUUCUAACUAAAUUAAAGAGCAGUAACUAUGCUGA